AUGUCGUACUAUGGUGAUUACUCUCGCCCUCCCCCCCCGGGCCAAUAUGACCAGCGUCCUCCAUAUGACAACCGAGGUCCUCCCGGAACAUACGGCGCUCCUCCUCCUACUCCUUACGACAACCGCCCAUCUCCAGCUCCGUACAACGGUGGGCCCUCUCCAGCUCCGUAUAACAGCGGACCCUCCCCAUCGCCCUCCUACAACAACGGGCCUUCUCCUGCCCCCUAUGACAACCGUCCCACCUACGAUCGCGCUACAUACAGUGCCCCUCCUCCCAUGGCCCGCCCUCCUCCGGGUCCACCUCCAUCUCUGCCCAUGGGCUGGCACCAGGAAUGGGAACCAAACAUGCGCCGUGCUUUCUGGGUAGAAGAUGCUACCGGCCGCGCGCAGUGGGAAACUCCCCUCGAUAAUCAGAGUCACGGAUAUUAUAACGAUGAUUCGCGCGACAUGGCUCCGCCUCCCCAGAAUACUGGAUAUUACGCGCCUCCACCCGGUCCUCCUCCUAUGGGUUAUGAUACCCGAGCAAAUGAUAGCUAUGUGCAGUCGCCGCCUCCCGAGGAGAAGAAGAGCAAUGCGGGCAAGUAUAUUGCCGCGGGUGUUGCGGGUCUGGCUUUGGGUGGUGUUGCCGGGGCUCUCAUUGAACAUGAAGUCGAGAAAGAAAGCAGCUCCGAGGAAGAAGAAAGUGAGGAGGAGCGCGAGCAAGAGAUCAUGGAGGCCCGUCAAGAGGCCUACUAUGAAGGCCGUCAAGAUCAGGCCUAUGAAGAUUCGGACGAGGGCUGGUAG